GCACUGAUGGACGAGAUAUUAUUUUUUCUAGUUUUUUGGAUAAUCCCUGUCGAGUCUCAUCACUUAAGUGAAAUGUAACUUAAAAAUUGAGUCAAAGCUCAAAAAUGGGGAAGUCAAGACUCCUUUCUCCUCUGCGCUCUUCAUCAUGAAGCUGUGGGGCAGAGCUACAGCUGUCCGGAGGAGGGUGCUCUGCCUCUGGCUGCUGCUCCUCGGGUUCGCCCUGGUUGUUCUGGCGCUGUCGGACCUCUUUACUGGGGACCGGGACCACACUCAUCACAAAGCUGGCCCUCCCCUCCGCCCCCUCCAUGGGAUUCCCAACGCACCGGACCUAGAGGUUAUCGUGGACUCCCGGGACCCGGCAUUAGAGCUCGGUGUAGAUCUCGCCCCGCUAAAAUCUCUGCAAGAAGACCAGCUUUUAUUCGUGCCAUCGACACAGGGCACCAAGAACCCGCCGCAGCAGAAGAAGGGCAGUUAUAAGGUGCUUCUGCCCGGAGCGAAUAAGGAUACGCGCGCUCCUGCGCCUCCGACGCACGGUGAAAUGGGGAAAGCGGUACGGCUACACCUGGAGGGCACGGAGAGGGAUAUGGAGCUUUCCGCGCUGCAGAAGUACGGUUUCAACGAGGUGGUGAGCGAGAGGAUUUCACUGCAUCGCAUGCUGCCCGAGGCGCGCCAUCCGGAGUGUUUGGGGGAGCAGUACAGCGAGUCACUACCGUCAGCAAGUGUUGUUAUCUGUUUCCAUGAUGAGGCUUGGUCCACGCUCCUGCGCACCGUGCACAGCGUGCUGGACACCGCACCCAAACAGUACCUGCAGGAGGUUCUUCUGGUGGACGACCUGAGCCAGCACGGUCACCUGAAGAGUGUGCUAAGUGAGUAUGUGUCUCAUCUGGACGGGGUGCGUUUGAUUCGUAGCACCAAGCGCCUGGGUGUUGGAGGGUGCCGCACUCUGGGCGCUGCCAGAGCUGCAGGGGAGGUGCUGGUGUUCAUGGACUCCCACUGUGAAUGUCAGAAGGGCUGGCUGGAGCCACUGCUGGAGAGAGUGGCUCAGGACAGGACCAGAGUGGUGUCCCCCAUCAUGGAUGUGAUAGAUUGGCAGACCUUCCAAUACAAUGCCACCCAGUGGCCGGUUAGGGGAGUGUUGGACUGGAGACUAGACUUCUACUGGGAAUCGAACCCUCCACUGCAAGACAAGGACCCAGACUCAGCUGUUCGACCUUUGCAGAGCCCAGCGUUAGGAGGUGGAGUUGUGGCCAUGGACAAACAUUUCUUCCAAAGUGUGGGAGCCUACGACCCUGGGAUGCUGCUGUGGGGAGGGGAACAAAUUGAGCUGUCAAUCAGGGUGUGGUCAUGCGGGGGCUCCAUGGAGGUGGUUCCCUGCUCCCGUGUGGCCCACCUGGACCACCACCACCUGUCUUACAGCUUCCCAGACCAGGACCUGCUUCAGAGGAACAAGAUCCGGAUUGCAGACACCUGGAUGGACGCAUACAGGAAGAUUUUCUAUAGGAGAGACACACUUGCUCAUUUCAUCAGGCAGUCAGAGAGCCCAAACAUCACAGAACGUCUGCGGCUUAAGAGGAGUCUGGGCUGUAGGAACUUCCACUGGUACCUGACUACAGUUUAUCCGCAACUUUACAUCCCCCAGGACAGACCUGCACUGUCAGGAGAGCUGUACAAUGUUGGCACCGGCAGCUGUGCAGACUUCCCCCGAGGGCAGGGACAGCAGGGUGGGGCCAUGACCGUAGCACCAUGCAGUGGGACAGGCAGCCAGCACUGCGAUCUAAACUCUGACUUUGAGGUGCGAUGGGGUCCCAUGGGGGCUUUGUGUUUGGAUGCCAAUGGAGAGAGGGUGGUCUUAUCUCUGUGCCCUACACACAAACCAACCGCCAGCAGACUCCAGUGGAAGUUUAUAAAGCUGAGCGGUCAACUAGUUCACCAGCAGUCUCAGUUAUGUCUGGAGGUUGUAAAGGAAGGAGGGCUCUCACAAAGCAGCACAAAAGAAGUCAACACCCAAACCAAGACAGGAGGUCUCUUCCUGCGCCCCUGCACCCAUCACCCCAGACAGCAGUGGCACUUUGAGCAACUAGUAGCUCCUAAAAGUGCCUGACAUAGAAAGCACAAAGUGACUGAUUGAUUUGCAAGAUGUGAAUC